AUGCUCACUUUCCGUUUCCUCAGUAUCGCCGUUCUGGUCGUGUCUUCUCUGGCUGCUCCCUCCACGCCCUCCGGUCUUGUACACACUCCUCAUGGCUUACGUGAUGCGUCUGUCGUCCACGAAGUUCCCGGCGGCAGCAAAAUACGACAGAUCGAUAGCAAGACUUUCCAUGUCAUCAGCAAGGAGGGCUCUGUCCUCAAGACCGUGAAAGUCAACCCAGAAGCGGAUGCUCGAGCCCCAUCGCCGACCACUGGUGACGCCCCAGUUCCCCUUCAAACCGGAUGGGUUGCACUCGCACAUUACUUUAAUCGCGAUGUACCAAUUGGGUCCUUCGCGAGCACCUGGAGUGUCCCCCCGAAUCCUGCAGCCAACCAUGGUCAAGUUUUGUUCCUUUUCAAUUGCAUCGAGCCAGGUUCUGGUAACGCAAUUCUGCAGCCUGUUCUCCAGUGGGGCAGAAGUGCGGCAGGCGGCGGCGCAUAUUGGGCGAUCGCAACCUGGUAUCUGAGUCCUGCAGGGACCUUCCACACUCCGCUCAUCAACGUGAACGUCGGACAAGUGCUUUCGGGCGGAAUCGGACUUAUCGGAGUUUCGAGCGCCGGUUUCAGCUAUUUCGCCGCCUUCACCAAUAUCGGAGACAGCACCAGACUCGAUGCGAUCAACGGCGAUGAGCUCAAGUGGGCCACUGUGACCCUCGAGUCGUAUAAUAUCCAGAGUAAGGACGACUACCCCACGGGCUCGACGGUGUUUUCCCGCACCAACUUGCAGCUUACCAAUGGAGGGUUCCCGAACAUAAACUGGGCGACUGUGAGCGACACUGCGGAUAACAUCAUUACUACGAUACAGACACAGGGCUCGACGGCUGCAGUCAUAACGAUCACGUAUUGA